UGUAUUUGUCACUGAGUCACUUGUCUUCAUGCCUUUCAUUUCAGCGUCCUUAUUUCCAACCGAAAUUCUCGCCGUUGUUUUACUUUCAUACGCAAAAUCCAGAAACAAAUAUAUCCUUUUUUUGCUUCACGAAAUUAGUGUUUUUCUUUUUUUUUUCUUUUUUUCUUUUUUUUUAAUAUUCCUCCUGAACUUUCUCGAUUUUUCCCUCUGUUUUUUUAAUUUUCCGGGAACGUUUAUCUUAGAGGGAGAAUUUUUUUUUUUUUGGAAAUAUUGAUGGAGAUUUGAAGCAUGAAUGAUAUCUCUUUCUCUCUCUGUUUUCGAGAAAGAGAGAGAAAGUGACGGAAGAUCGUGGAUUCGGAAGAAAUUCGUUUCUUUUUUCUUUUUUCUUUUUUUGGGAUUAUUUGUCAGUUAAGAAACAGAGCUUUUCAAUCUCCAUUUUCCGAGAAAUUUCCCACACGAGGAAGAGAGAUUUUUUUUUGUUUUCUGAAAUAAAUUCAAAGAAUUUCGUAAUGACGGUGAUGUUCUGUUUUCUUGAAACGUGGUUUUAAAAGACCGCCAUUGUAGAGACAGAGAGACCGAGAGAAAUGGACGACGAUUUGGAGGAGUUUGUCAGAGAAUUUUACGACAAUGAUGAAAUUGACAUGGAUUAUGAGUUCGAUGCGGCACGGUUCUACGACUUCACAAAACCUGAGACGGAUUGGGAGGACAGAGAAGCCGAGCUCUGGUUUGAAUCUUCGGGAAAUUAUUCUCCUUCUCCUUUUAUUGUAAAAUUGAAUUGGCUGAAUGGCGUUUGUGACGAACUCGGAGAUACUUGCGUUGAUUCUGAAGAUGGAGAAGACAGGAAUGUGGAUAGUCCCAUGGAAUCUAAAGUAUCUUCAACUAGUGGCGAUAACAGAGGAUUGAUAACUUAUAAUCAAAUUCCUCGAUAUAUUUCAAAAGGUAAAACAAAGUUCCUUGUCAAGUCAACUCUAUCAAAGAGCUCAACUCUGAUGAAGCCAACAGCAAGUCACUUGGCCAAGCAAAAUCAACUUCAACUUUCCCCACAAUGUUUGAGGAGAUGCCAGCAGAAGUUUGGCAAUAUUGACGGGAAGACUUUGCCGAACUCUUCAGUUGAUAAUCUAGCUACUAAAAGACAGAAGUUGGAGGCUGGUUAUUUAUGCAAGGUUUCUCAACUGAAGCAUCAGGCCAUGUUAUUACACAAAGUAUCUAAAAAGGUGGGGGCUGAUGUUAACUCAGUAAAUGCUAGACCAAGAGUUACCAUUCCUAGAGAACCUGAUUUGGAGACAGCACACAGAGCAGAAAGACAUAGAUGUAAGAUUAUUGCAGAAUCAGGUAAACAAGCAAAGUCAAAUUCCUGCAUCUUCAAAGCACGCCCCUUGAACAGAAAAAUUCUUAAAGCUCCUUCGUUGCCCCUCCUAAAGAGGAGCAAACCACAGCAACCGGAGUUUCAAGUGUUUAACCUGAAAACAUCAGAGAGAGCUAUGCAACAUGCACUUAAUAGUGCGAAAAAUAUACCUAAUUCUGGUUCUAUUUUAGAAAAUGAAACACUAGAAGAUAAACGAUCAAACAAUGCCAAUGCCUGGAAGCAAGUGAAAAGCAAAACAGUUGAUAUCGGCAAAGUCGGUGGACCCCUCCUCAACAAAAAGACACUUUCUAUUGAAGGAGAAAAAUGUAUAUUUCGAAGUAUAGAGCCAGAAACCAUUGUCACAAGGGUAAUUGAAUUUCCAACUGAUAAAAAGGUACAAGAUGAGCCACCAAUAGAUUCAUUUAGCAAGCUUUCUCUAACAUCAGAAACCCCGAAUAAUGGAAAACCUUCGUUGAAAACCCCGCUGCCUGCAAAGGGGAUGGACGAGAACACACCCAGUUCCUUUAAUCAAGAACUUGAGAUGAUCAGUAUAUUCAAAGAAAGAAUGCAAAGGUUUGAUGGGAAAGACUACAAGUGUGGCAGUAACAGGAGGAUCUCUGGACGACAAUUCUUCUUUUACAGGAGUCUGGACAUGCGCUAACAACCAGAGCGUAUAGAUAAUGUUUUUAUUACUACAUGGGCGCACCAGGUGGAGGUUCAUUCAAUUGGGAUGAAAUCCCAAUUUUACAGAUCAGGGGGUAUGUGCUUGAGAGCUUGUUUUGCCUACAUCAAUUCCAACAACUACUUUCGAAAGGAACAAAUAUUUGAGAAAUCAUUUUUCGCAAUGGUAUUUCUUCAUUAAACUUGUACAAACCAUGUACAGCCAUUUUUCCCCAAGAUCACCACGCAAUAAAAAUAAAACAAAAAUUAUCUUUCA